AAUGUGAGACUUGAUCACAUGAAAAGGUUAGCGCGAAGAAAGGGUUUCGAGGUGACGGAUAAAAUAAGUGAAAAGGUCACACACAUUGUGUCAGAGCUUUCGACAAGAGAUGAAGUGGUUGAAAAUUUAACGAAAAAUUACAGCAAUUUGUUGCCUUCGUGUGAAAUAUUGUCGGUACAAUGGUUUGUAAGCUGUAUGGAGGCUAAUGAUGCUAUUCUUGUUACGGACGAAUACAGGCUGCCGUCAGAAAGAAAGAUUGACAAGACUAAAUCACUUGAUGACAGAAAAACUAAGAAAAAUUAUUACCAAAAUGCAAAAUAUGCAUGUCAGAGGUCAACUCCUGUCAGUGACUCAAAUCGAAAGUUAACA